GAUCGAGCUGCGUGUCGCCUGCAUGUUGUCCCGUUGACUCAGUCCCGGUAAACAGCGCUGCUCGUCCGGCGGUGUGUCGCAGAGCAUGUUAUAGGACUACAGCUACCACAGGGGUUGUUUUAAGCUGAUAUCGCCAGAGCUUCACCUGUGAUCGUUUUGUGUUUUUUGAGGAGGGAGGAAACGAGGCGUAGCGUUGCGCUCUGAGGGUGCAAGAGGAAGAAAGAAGAACCGGAUUCAAACAGGUGUCCGGUUGUGUCGCGUCGGCCGGAGCGCGGAGGAGGAAGAGGCAGAAAAUAACGACAAAGAGGGAAACACAUUCAGGACUGUAUUUUUUUAUUAACUGUCCAAAAACAGCGUCGUCAUUGGAGAAAUAAAAAUCGCUCAUUUCAGGACGUGUGUGUCUUGUCAACGUGUGCGCUUCUUCGGCUCCUCGGUGAUGGAGACCCCGCAGCCGAACCUGCAGAACCCCGUCUGACGAAUACGUGUUUUUAAAAAGAAGAAAUAAGCAAAGAUUGACAGUCGUGUGUAUCAUUUCGUUCUCUCGCUCCGUCUGUGUCUCUCAAAGGAGGAAGAGGAGGGGGAGGCGGUGACCGACACCCCCCCACGGGACAGGCCGAGCGACCCACGCUUCUAACAGGUGUGUCUGAGGAGGGCUCCGUCCUGCACAGCCUCCUCCAGCUCUCAUUGUUCCUAUCAAACACCAAACAGGAGCUGAUUGUGGAGUUACAUUGUGGACGGUUUGGCAUCCCAAAGAGAGAGCUUAUUCCCUUUUUUUCUUUCUCUCUCUCUCAGCUCUCCGUUGGUGCGUAAUAUCGGUGAGGAGGAAGGGUGAGGAGGAGGAGGGAUCCAAACGCCUAAUUUUGAAAAAAAAAAACGGACGGGACUUUGUGUUUCGGUUAUUUUUUUGAGGAAAUGAGGAAAUGUUGAAGGGGUUAAGUGAUCGUUUUGGAGCUUGAAGGCAAAUUUGGAAGAUUUGUUGGAUUUUUCCCCCAUUUUUUUUUUUUGAAGGUUUUGACGGAUUGUAACCCCCCAAGCCACCGUUGCUCCCGUAGGUUCGUGCCCAGUUCGGACCCAUUUUAACGGACAGCCUAAGUGGGUCGUAAAGGGACUAUCUCCUGUUGAAUUAACUCGUUUCAUGAUGACAACAAGAAAAGACAACAGUGUGACGGACGCGGUGACUACCUCCACCAACCUCCAGCAGACCCAGCCGAGCAGCCGGAGUCCCAGCAGCGGGGGGAUUCCGGCGUCCGACGGGGCCGUCGGAGGCGCGGACAUGUUCAGUGAAUUUCAGGACUGGUGCCUGCGGACGUACGGGGACUCCGGGAAGACAAAAACCGUGACCCGGCGUAAAUACAACAAGAUCCUGCAGACUCUGCUCCAGGGGGACGAGGAGAACAGCAACGGGGUUUUCCUGCAGCACGAGAAGGGGAACAACCACAUCAACGCGAAAUUUAAAUUCUGGGUCAAGUCUAAGGGCUUCCAGGUCGGGACCCUGCAGGACGCCAAGAACGGCUCAUCGGACAGACCGGUGCUGUAUGUCCCCAUCAAGGCGACGUGUGUGGACAGCGUCUCUGGGGUCGACUCAUCCCUGAAGCGCGUGGCGGUCGUGGAGGAUUUCUUCGACAUCAUCUACGCCAUGCACGUGGAGAUCAGCUCGGACCCCGGGAAAGCCCCGAAACACGCCGGCCAGAAGAAGACUUACAAAGCUAUCGCAGAGACGUACGCCUUCCUGCCCCGAGAGGCGGUCACUCGUUUCCUGAUGAGCUGUGGAGAGUGUCAGAAGAGGAUGCACAUCAGCACCACAGGACAGGACUGCAAAGAGAACGACAGGCCGAGCUCUCUGGUGUUGGAGGUGAUAGACUACAACAUGCCUCUCACCACCACCUACAUGAAGCAGAUGAAGCUGCAGUGUAUGAACAACAACAACAAGGAUGACAGUUCACUGAGCAGCGAGGAGGAGGCAGAGAUGAGCGAGCCCACAUGGCUAGCGGCUGAUCUGGGAGCGGCGUCCGACCUGAGCCCGGCGAGCCGAGGGGAGAGGAUGCGCCACAGUCCCCAGAACGCACACGGCAAGGAGGACGACGAGGAUUCCUCUUCAGAGAGCGGCAGUGGAAACGGUCUGCCUGCGUUGACCCCUCCCUCCUCCGCUGUAACGGACGCUGCCAUAGUCCGGGAAACAGAGGUCGUCAACGGCAACGGUGGCCCCGCCCCACUGGACUUCAGCACGCCCACUUCGUCCUCCUCGUCGUCCGAGGACCAGCAGCCGAUGAACCUGAGCGACCCGCCCCCUCAGCGGCUCCCCCUGACCUCCUCGCACCUCCCCGUCACUGUGUCGGCGGCGGCCGCGGCGCUGCUCGGAGCGCUGCACCCCAGCGCGCCCGAGGAGCUCCGCAGGAAGUACCCGCUGGCCGCCAAACCUCCCCUGGCUCCGCACCCGGCCCUGCCACUGCCCAACACACACACCCUGCACUCACACAAUGCACACACUCCUAACACACACUCCCAGUCUCACACACACUCACACGGCGAGCUGCGACUGGACCGAGACGGCCGGGACUACGGGGGCAAGUCCCCACAGUUCAGCUCAGGCGGCAGCUACGACAGCGUGAAGAUGGAGCUGGGCGCUGAGGACCUGACCAUGGGGCGUCACGGCAGCCAGGUCGCCGCCGACGAUGACGACGAUGACCACGACGACCACGACGACAACGACAAGAUCAACGACACGGAGGGCGUGGACCCCGAGAGACUAAAGGCCUUCAAUAUGUUUGUGCGUCUGUUUGUGGACGAGAACCUGGAUCGGAUGGUUCCCAUCUCCAAACAGCCCAAGGAGAAGAUCCAGGCCAUCAUCGAGUCCUGCAGCAGACAGUUCCCGGAGUUCCAGGAACGCGCCCGCAAGCGCAUCCGCACCUACCUCAAAUCCUGCCGACGCAUGAAGAAGAACGGCAUGGAGACUCGUCCUACUCCACCUCACCUCACCUCAGCCAUGGCUGAGAACAUCCUCGCCGCGGCCUGUGAGAGCGAAUCACGCAACGCCGCAAAGAGGAUGCGCCUCGAAGCUUACCACGAUGAGAUCUCUCUGGACAAGCCGUCCAGCGGUGGAGGGGGUCUGAGGGAGCCGGCGUCCCUCGCUCACUCCGCCUACUCCCUGGCCGCCUCAGCCUUCUCCUCCCAGGACAGCCAGCUCUACAUCAACGGGGCUGGACUCAGCUACGGUUACCGUGGUUACCCGGGCCUGGGCGCUGCCAUGCAACAUCCCGUUUCCCUGACGACCGGCACUGCCUCUCAGAGUAACGGGCCCACAGACCUCAGCAUGAAAUCCCUCGCCUCCGCCAACAUCACUAACUCCUCCUCCUCCGCCUCCGCCAACAACAGCCUGGGCGGGCGGGGCAACGGGGGCGCGGGAGGGGGCGGGGCGUCGACCCAGCUCAGCCAACCGGAGAUCACCGCCGUGCGCCAGCUGAUCGCCGGCUACCGGGAGUCGGCCGCCUUCCUGCUGCGCUCGGCAGACGAGCUGGAGAAUCUCAUCCUUCAGCAGAACUGAUGUCGGAGGAGAACACACACACACACACACACACACACACACACACACACACACACACGUCCCGUGUUUUGUGUCCUUAUCGACCUGACCUCCUCAUGUUUUUUUUUGCUCAUCCCUCCUGGAAAUCGUUGGCGUCUCUUCGUCUGCCUCUUUCUUUGGAAACUUUUUUUUUUUUUGAGAAGAAGUGGGAAACUGGGAUGAGGAAGGGACCGUUCCCCCCAAAAACAAUCCCCCCCCCCCCCGUAAUCAUUCCCACUCAACCUCAGCCUGUUGAUUCUCCCUCAGGAGGAGGUCGGAGAAAAUGAGCGGGGAAAAAAAAGGAGCAGAGCGUUUUGGACUCCUGAGGAAUCUGUUCCUCUCCUCUCGGGAAGCCCCUCACAAUCAGCUCUGCACUCUGAGCGCAGGAGGAGAGAGAGAGAGGAGGAGGAGGAGGGCGGGGCGGGCGAGGCAGAAUUUUGAGUUUCCCUGCAGAGUUUUGAUUGACGGGUUCCCCUCGACCAACGCUGUCUUCUUCUGAUCUUUAAAAUCUAAAAGAUGAUAAGUUAACGACUCCCUGAUGAAGAACUACUGAAGAUGUUUGUUUAAUGAUUCAAAACAGAAUUUCAUUUAAUGUUUUUUUUCGGGGGGAUGGAGGGAGGGAAAUGGGGGGGGGGGGUUUGUCCAGUGAGCGUUUUUAAGUUUUUUCUGUGUUUUUCACAAGUGACUGAAAGAAAGCGUGUUGACGUAUCUUAAAAGACUGAAGCACUAAACCGGGUAAAGACGUCGACAUCGACGGGCUGAAGGACGGAAACUAGAAGAGAACAACAUUUUUUUGCUUAUAAAAAAAAAAAGGAGGAGAAACUUUUCUUUUUUGUGCUCGCUUGUACAUAAGCUCUCUGUGUCCUAUAGCACUUUCCCCUCCCCCCCUCCCUCCUCCCGCCCCUUUUUACCCAGGGAGCAACUUGCUACUUAUGCAUCCAGGACGCCAUGUUGACCACCAGGAAAUACCUCAGACCAGACCUGCCAACGCCAUCACACACACACACACACACACACACACUCUGCAGAGUGAAUGGUAACAUUCCCACCAGAGGCCAGUUUACUUUACCACCUGAUGUCUUCAAGGUUUCAGAUUUCUUUUCUUUCAGGAGGCGGGGCGAAUCAAACUUUUAUUGCGCAAAAAGACGAGUGACGUCGUCGAAGCAUUUCAAGAAACUUUUUCAAACACUGGAAACUUUUUUCUUCAUCUGUGUGCUGCUGUAUAUAAUCAGUUUGUGUUCAAAAAACUUGAGAAGAAUCAGUUUGUUGAGGGAGGAUGUGACUGUGUGUGUGUGAGUGAGUGUGUGUGAGUGAGUGUGUGUGAGUGAGUGUGUGUGAGUGAGUGUGUGUGAGUGAGUGUGUGUGUGUGGAGGGUUAAAGUUGAUCACUAGAGGCAGUUUUACCUCCCGCUUCUAUUUCUACAAAUGUAGAUUUAACGCCAACAAAACCUCAGCAUCUUUCUGUUAAUUGCCCCCCCCCCCCCCUUCUUCUUCUUCUUCUCUUUCCUGUCAUUGGACCUACUCUGCACCUCUUCUUCAUGGACCUAAUCCUCCUCCUCCCGCUCCGUCUUACUGUGUGUGUGUCUGUUAAAAACUCUGAGAUAGCCAUUACUAUUGUUCUUAUUGUUCUUAUUGUUCUUCUUCUUUAUGGUUAUUAUAACGAUGAACUCUCAUGUCGCUGCUGCUAUAUGAAAACCGGACCUUCUGCCAUAGACCUGAAACCUCAACAAAAAGCCGGGGCGUUAGCGAGCCGCAGUGCCCCCGAGAAAAAACCCGACCAACUGACCGACCGACCUCAAAAAAAGCAAAAAACAAGUCAAAGACUGAAAACACUCCUGCCUUCAUCGUCUCACCGCUCUCCCUCUCCGGUUGGUUGGUUUUAUUCCUUUUUUGCUUCAUAGGGCUUAACUCAUGUUUGUGACUUCUAACUGUGAAUUCUCUCAUUGUUGUUUUUUUCAUCCUCUGGAGGGAUGUGUGAGUGGAGCCGUCGAGUUCACACUCAAACAACUCAGUCGAAAAAAAAACACUGAAGAUGUUUUUUGUUUACUUUUUCAGAAACGUCUGCAAACAGCUGCAGACCCUCACAGUGAGAAAUGUUCAGCCUUUUUGUUUUCACACGUGUUGAUUUAAAACCCAAAUGAAAAGUCGCCCGUCAUGUAACGUUUGGAUGUUUAGAUCAGCUGACUGUCUCUGUCGUCUCGCUCCACAGUCGGCCUCUCCGUUAGAGAACACAUGUUCAGGGAUUGUUUUGUUUUUGAUGAUUCCUGAUUUCACUUCUUAGCAACGUGUCGCUAAGAGGAGGUGACUUAUUUCAUCCUCCUGAAGCUUUUCUUUCUUUCUCAUGUUCUUCUCACUUUCACAUGUUUGCUCCUUUUUUGCACACUGAGCGAAGCAACGGAUCAUCUGUGAUUUGAGGGAGGGGUGACCCAA